AUGCAUUCCCUGGAGCUUGACGGUGCUGUGCAUGCAUACACAAAGUUUUACGUCCAGAUCGAGAACUACACACCUGACAUGUCUGUGGCAGAGGUGGAUGACUCCAUAGACAAAGCUCUGCAGGUGUGGGCCAAUGUCACUCCACUGAGGUUCACAAGGAUCUACAGCGGCAUUGCUGAUAUUAGGAUCUCCUUUGGUCGCCAGGCACAUGGUGAUUUUUACCCCUUUGAUGGCCCUGAUGGCACUCUCGCCCACGCAUUUCCUCCCGGUACUGGCAUUGGAGGGGAUGCCCAUUUUGAUGAAGAUGAAACGUUCACGUUCCGCUCAAGCAAAGGCUACGUCCUCUUUAUGGUUGCUGCCCAUGAAUUUGGUCACUCUCUGGGCUUGUCUCACUCCAAUGACCCCGGUGCUCUCAUGUACUCAGUGUACUCAUACAAUAACCCUGACACCUAUGUUCUUCCCCGGGAUGACGUUAAUGGCAUCCAAUCCCUCUAUGGUCCAAAUCCAGAUCCCGUUAAGCCUGGACCUACACCCCCCACUACUCCUGAUGCCUGUGAUUCAACGAUGGUUUUGGAUGCUGUUGCCACACUGCGAGGAGAGACGCUCUUCUUCAAGGACAGAUUAGUCUGGCGCAAACACCCUCAGGUCAGCACACCU